GCAAUUCCUCUGUUUUUCUGUGUUUCUUCUCCAAUCUCCACCCCCUUCUCCCUUCUUUCUUCUUCCCCAUAGCUAUGACUAAGCUAAGCAUCGUCGUUCCAGAAGAGAUGCUUGUCCCUGUCCCUGCCCUGCCUCCGGCAACCUCGACACCAUCACCACCGCAACCCGGCUCCUUUCCGCCACCUCGGUGUUCCUCUUCAGCCAACUAUAAGAAUAUUCUAACCCAUCUCGAACUCCAUGGAAAUGGAGGAAGGAGCUCCUCUUGGAUGGAAACAAUCAAAGCCUCUUCUCCGACUCACGUAAGGUCGGUCCCCUUCCUACCCAACGCCCAUUCUGAAAGCGACGAAAGCGAUUGGAACAAAAGGCUCCCAUCGGCGCUGAGCAGGUUCGACGAGAUAACUACAGCGGCUAAGGGAAAGAAGAUAGCAAUGUUUCUCGAUUAUGACGGUACUCUGUCCCCCAUCGUUGAUGAUCCUGACUCAGCCUUCAUGUCUGAUUCCAUGCGAGAAGCGGUUAAGAGUAUAGCAAAGUAUUUUCCGACUGCUAUUGUGACCGGAAGGUGUAGAGAUAAGGUGUUCAGCUUUGUGCAAUUAGCAGAGUUGUACUAUGCUGGAAGCCAUGGCAUGGAUAUCAAAGGACCCACAAAGUGGCCCAAACAUACAAACGCUCAGGCAAAGGCUGUGCUUUGUCAACCAGCCAGUGCUUUUCUACCUGUGAUUAAUGAAGCUUAUAAUGUACUUGUGGAGAAAACAAAAGUGUUUCCUGGAGCUAAGGUGGAGAACAACAGAUUCUGCUUAUCAGUUCAUUUUCGCUGUGUUGAUGAAAAGAUUUGGAAUGGCCUUGCUGAGGAAGUUCGAUCAGUGCUAGCAGCAUUUCCAGACUUAAAAUUAACACAGGGAAGAAAGGUAUUGGAGAUUCGUCCCAGCAUUGAGUGGGACAAAGGGAAGGCCCUCGAGUUCUUACUGAAAGAGCUUGGUAAGCUUAUUUCACGCCAUUAAUUACUUCUAUUAGAUCAUCUCCAACGGAAAAUUGCAUUUUUC